AUGAGUGUUUGGAUUGAUGGUGAGUCCAUAUAAUAGAUUAUUUCUCUAACGUGCUUCUCGGUUCUUCGUCUUCCUCCCUGUAUGAUUUAGGUUAAAUAGCAGAGGAGUUUCUCAGCAGAAGCAGGUGGUUGAGAAUUCUGAACUUUGUGAGAGAGAAUGGGUAUCAACAUAAAGGGACAAGUCGAAAAGGUGAAUGGAAAAGAACUGAGUUACACUGAAUUUGCAGAGAAAUUUAUGAAGAAGAACCAGCCUGUGGUGCUCACUGGACUAAUGGACCAUCAUUGGAAAGCUUGCACUGACUGGGUCACCCUUCAUGGCCAACCCAAUUUUCAGUUUUUCUCCACUCAUUUUGGAGCUUCUAGAGUUCAGGUUGCAGAUUGUGAUACCAGAGAUUUCACUGAUCAGAAAAGGGAGGAGAUGUUGGUUUCAGAUUUCAUAGGACGUUGCUUUCAAGUUGAGGAUUCUGCAGUUCAGUGUAAUAAUGAAAAUGAUAAGAGUGAUGGUCAAUCUGUGUCUGUACUUUAUUUGAAGGAUUGGCAUUUUGUGAAGGAGUAUCCAGAAUAUGAAGCAUACAGCACACCUAUGUUCUUUUGCGAUGAUUGGCUCAACUUUUAUCUUGACAACUUCAGAUUGCAUACAGAUUCAGACACUGACCAGCAAAAUCAGGAAAUAUGUUGCUCUGAUUAUCGAUUUGUGUACAUGGGGGUAAAAGGAUCUUGGACUCCUCUUCAUGCUGAUGUUUUCAGGUCAUAUAGCUGGUCUGCAAAUGUCUGUGGAAAGAAGAGAUGGCUUUUUCUAGAUCCUUCCCAGUGUCAUCUUGUAUUUGACAGGAAUGUCAAAAGCUGUGUAUAUAAUAUCUUUGAUGAAGUAUCUGACUCAAAAUAUCCUGGUUUUAAAAAUGCUACCUGGUUAGAAUGCACGCAAGAGGCAGGUGAAAUCAUAUUCGUUCCCAGUGGAUGGUAUCAUCAAGUUCAUAAUUUGGAGGACACAAUAUCUAUAAACCACAACUGGUUCAAUGCCUAUAACCUUUCAUGGGUGUGGAAUUUACUUUUAAAGGACUACAAUGAGGCCAAGGAAUACAUAGAAGACAUAAGGAAUAUAUGUGACAAUUUUGAAGGUCUCUGCCAGCGCAAUCUUGCUGCUAACACAGGGAUGAAUUUUUAUGACAUCUUUGCUUUCAUAUCAUAUUUCACCUUGGCCAACCUGGUGCUGCUUUGCUAUAUAAAUGGAAGAGGUGGAAGUACUAUAGGAAGUUCAUCAACAGUAGCUCAGCAUUUAUCUAUGAAUCUCGGGUCUGUAAGGAAGAUUGCCUCAGAUAUGAAACACGUGCACGCUCUGGAAGGGAAUCAUGAUUGCAUCGUGGAUAUGAUCAAAGCACUGGAAGAUCCUAGGUUUUCCAAAUUGUGCAUGCAAGUGGGAAGAACAUAUUUAAUGAUACAUGAACAAACUCAUUUGUCCUCUGAUCUUGAGAGCACUUCAAUGGUUGAUUUGGUGGGUCUCAAUGUUUUGAAAGCAUGCCUUCCUUCUCAGGUCUACACACCUGAAGAUCUCAUUAAAUUUAUAGACACUGCUGUUUCAUGUUGCUACGUUGAGUCAUCUGUGCUACAUGUUGCUUGAAAAUGCCUCAUUGAAAUUCAUGUUUGAGUGAUGUUGGGUCCAGCUACUACAGUCUUGCCAUUUUUAACUCUUGCCAACUGAUCCUAUGAGGCAACAGUGUGAUCAUCAAUUUGGCACCUGUCUUUGUCCUCGCCUAAAUGCAAGUUUGAAAAUUCUUGUACAAUCGAUUCUGCAACAAAAAUCAAUUUUCGGAAGAAGUUUCUUUGAGUAGCUUCUGAGUUUUUGAAUUAAUUCUGAAAAAAGAGACGGGUCCAAACAUGCUAUAACUAAGCUUCCCUCAUCACUUGUCUUUUAAUUGAUCUGUACUUGUCCUGCUAUCCUGCAUUUUCUGUCCAAUUUAAUUUUUAUUGACACAUCUUGUAAUAGUAAAGGCUUAUAAUCAUGUAUUUUCCUAUGUACCAAAAAAAAAGCUUAGAA